AUGAUCUAUGAUGUAAACGGUGGAAUGAUUGGCUAUAAUGGAAUUGUUAUUAGCAACAAUAAUUAAAAUUAGCUGCUUAAUUCACUUGGAAAAGGAGGAUAAUCCUCAUUGAGUAAAUUAAAUAGCUUUGGAUAGAACCUAGUGAGUUUGAAUCAAAUGGGCAAUCAGAGUUCAAGAAAUUUUAUUUAGGAGAAAACUUCUAGCAUUUUAAAUACAGCAAGAAAUGGAUUAAUAAACAAUCUCGCAAAUCAUACUUCUAAUUAAUCUUUAACAGGAUUAAACUAGUUUUAAUACUAAGUCCAACUUAUACUAGAAAAACUGAAUGAAUUCAUCGAUGUCAAGGUAAGACUCAAGGAUCCUUUGAAUGAAAAUGGGGCACAUUUAGCUCCAUCUUCAAGAGUUUAAACUGAAAGAACUUGGCAUAACAAAUAAAUUAAUGGCUAAAGUACGAAAUAGCUCCUCAAUUGUUAAUCAAGUGGUAGACUUGAUCAAGGUUUUAUGCAGAAUUCAUCUAGGAGCAAUCUAAACAUGAUAUCCGCAAGAGGCCUACAGCUUAAUGGGUUAAAGUCAAUUUAAUAGCAACAAACUAAUAGAAGGAAUGAAAAUGGUCUUGAGAUAUUAUGUGAAACUUGCCUGACUAAUGAAUAUUCUAUGUACAGCAUACAAGAAGAAUAAAAUAAUAAUAAGGAAAAUCAAAGUAUUGGAAUUAAUUAGUCUAAGAUAAAGUAAUAUCUAGGAGGUAGAGACAUUAAUGAGCUUACUCUAGUUGAAAAAGAUGAAAUCCUUACUAAGUAUCAUAUGAAAGACCUUGAAAAAUAGGAGCUCAAAGAUGCUCAACAUGUUAAAUGGCAGGACAUAUUAAACUUUUAAAAACCAAAAAAGGAGCCCAGACAAUUACAGCCAAUACUAUAUAGAGAAAAAUCAGAGUCAAUUAAAGGUAGUGAAAAUGAUAACAAUCUCGAGAGAUCAUAGAAUCUUUAAAAUUUACUCAAUGAUUUGAGUAAGAUUGAUGUGAAGACUGAAAAAGAUUAUGAAAAUACUUAUGGUAACAAAGAAAAAAUGAGAGAAUAAUAAUACUCAUAAAAUAAAAAACGAUGCUCUCAUAAGGAUGAUAGCCAAAAAAGUUUUGCAAAUUCAGUUUCACUUGCUGAUGGUAUUUUGUCUCAUAAGUCUAGCAUUAAUUUUACAGAUAACUAACAUCCACGAAAAUAGUAAGUAAAGGUACCAACUUUAAAUCUUGAUAAAAUAAAAAAUCAGUAAAAAGAAUUCUUCACAAAAAACAUAUAAAAUGAUGAAUAAAACCAAAAAUCUACAAUUGAAUCUAGAAAAGUAAUGAUACUAAAUGAAGAGUCAAUCUUCACAGAAAUAAAUACAUCACUGAUGCAACUCAGGGAUGAAAUAAAGGAGACUUAUCCCUAGAAAGCAGCAUCUGACUUUAUAAAUGUAUCAAAUAAUGAAGCUGAUGUAUCUUUGAUUAAGAAAGAUGAUUCUUAGUUGAAUCAGGCUAAUGACUAAACUUUAAAUUUAAAUGAUAGUUUAGAGAAUGAAUAUCAAUAGCAGCAGCCGAAACUAAAUCAAAGAGAAUUAAGAGUCUAGUUGGGCCUUGUUAGCUUUGGUGAAUCCUUGAUCUUAUCACCUAUAGAAAAAUAAUAAGAAACGGGUUAAAAAAACAAAUUCUUUUCAACAGAUCAGACAAAAUAAAUUCAGAAACACCAACUGCAAAUUCAAAGUUAAUUUAAUUAUGAUUAGCAAUAGUAUCCAGUGGUAUAUCCAGUUUUUUCUAAUUAGAGUGAAAAUCCAUUCUACUCUGAGUAGUUAAAGCCCAGCAAAUUAUCUUAUAACUGUGUAUCUUCAUCUGAUUAAGCCUCAUCAUCACAAGGUUUCUUUAAUAACCAAAUUAUAAAUCAAGAAAUCAACUAGUUGCUAAGCAAUACAAGUAAUAACAACAAAAGCAGACAGCAAAAACUAGAAAAGGACUCAAGCACUUAAAAAUUAAUAUCAAAUAUAGAUGAUUUAUUUAGUCCAGGAGUAAAAAAUGAACCUUUAAAUCAAAUUGAUAGAAAAUAGAAUGAUUCGAAAUCAAACGAUAAGAAGAAAAUUAUAAUAAAGAAAGCGGAUAUCAGUUCAUUCACUAAAUCAAAUAGUGGAAGCAGGACAAAAUAGGUGUAGAUUAAUUAAGUAUCAAAUUUUUAAGAUAGCUAGGACAAUACAGCAUCUUUCAACAACUUCACAUUAGGUUUAUAGAAUGUGAAUAAAAAACUUAAGCAACAAGAGCAGCUUACUUAGCAGAUAUAAUUUGGCAGAAGACUACAAUAAUCAUAAAACCAGCAGCAAAUUAUAGCACAGUAAAUCAGAAACCAACUGGAUAAUUCGAAUGAAGAAAUUAAUACUAAUGAGAAUAGUAUUUAGAAGUAAACUCCAUCACCUGUAGUAAUAAGACAUAACAACAGGAAAAUUCAGAGUAAUGGGGUAAGACUCGCCAAUCCGAGACAAAGCAUGAAUUGCAAAAAUAAACCAGUCAUUGCAAAAUAAAUGAACACCAUAUUUUCAAAUAAUGUUAACAAUACGUCUAGUAAUACGAUUUCUAGCAACUAAAGGAACCAGCAUUAGGGUAUUCAGUCAGUAUCAUAUAUGAGUGAAGAUUAGAAAAAGAAUUACAACCUCAAAUACAAUAAUAUUGGAGGACAGAGUCAAUUUAAUAGUCAGCAGUAACAGCCUCAGAUUAGUAAUUUCUAGUAAAUAAAUGAUUUACCCUCUGAAUUAUAAUAGUUAACAGAGUAUAUAUCCAUUUAAAACUAAUAAUCUUAGAGAUAAUUACCCAAAACAACUAAAAACUAAUCAAUGGUGAAGCUAAAUUCAAUUAACAAUACACUUAAGUUAGAGACAAUGACCUUUAGUGAGGAAAGAUUACCGGAUUUAAGCUAGAUCAAACAAGAUAGCAAUCGUCAUAUUAUAAGGGAUAGCUUUUAAAAUUCAGUAGGGAAUUAGUAAAUUGACACGAUAGGUGAUUAAAGAAUCUAAAUAGCUAGUAGAUAACUUAGGCAACUUUCUUAGUAAUCAAAAAAUAAUGUGAUGGAUACUUCUAAAAUAGAUGCUGAUACAAGUUUAAAAAUGGUUCAAUAACCUAUAAUAGUUAGAAGGCCAAUGGUAAAGUUGAGCAAGUUUAAUUUUAACAAGACUAGAAAUGAUUCAUAAAAUACAACUAAUAACCUUGUAUAAGCUUAAAAUAUUUCUACUCCAAUGAAUGUAACUGAUAACUCGAUAAAGCAAAAUGUAAAUCAAAGGUAUCUUAUUCGAAGAAUAAGUAAGAUCAUUCACUAGGAUGACGCAUAGAAAAAAUUUAAUUAAAUGAAUAUGAUCUAAAACCAAACUUAGUAAAACUAUGAAUAAAGCAAUAUUGGGACAAAUAUGUCAUAUCAGAAUUCAAAGGCUAAUCUUACUAUCUUAACAAGUAAAGCACAAAAUCAUAAUAACUUCACUAAUUUGAACAUCUCAAACUAAUAACCCUUGACUCCUCUCUAAUAUUAGCCAACUACACCAGCAAAUGCACCAAGUAGCAGUGGUAGUUUUCUAAUUAACAAUCUUAAUUAAACAGUUAAUACGACAAUCAUUAACAAUGCUAGGCUUAAAAUAUUCAGAAAGAGAUCUAAAGCAUCAUUUUAGAAUUCAGUGAAAGCACUGAAUGAUUAACAGCAUUAAGACAGUUCGAGAGGUUCUCACAAAGAUUCAUUCAGAUAAUAGAAUUUUUAGAUCUAAAAUUUUAAUAUGAUGUUGUGA